AUGGUUAGAAAAGAAGCUCCACCAAGAGUCAAAACAGCACAUCAUCGCGGCCGUGGAGGUCGUGGAGGCCGUGGAGGAAGAGGUGGUAAUCGUCAAGCCCCUCAAUUAGAAUCUAAUGAAUGGAGACUGAGACAACUUGAAGAAAAUGAUUCACAAGAUGAACUUCUGAAGGCAACAAUUGAUGCAUGCUCUAAACAACUUCCACUUCCAGUUUCAAAUAAAGAAGUUUCUUUUUCUGAAGAAGAUUUAAACAAGAUAGCCGAAAAACUUUCAAAGCUUUCUCUACAAGAGCAAAUGGAAACCAAUUUUUUGGUCCCUGUACCUCCAAUGGAAGAUGAACCUCCUGAAGAAAAAAUUGUACCAACUCCUGUAGCAGAAAAGCCUGUUGUGCAAAAGAAGGAAGAACCAAAAGAUUUGGAUGCAUGGUUGAAUGGUCUUUUAGGAUAA